AUGCCAGCGCCGGCGGGCACAAAGAGAGUUCGGGUCCUGUUUGGAAGCGAAGCGCAGCCAUUUGACCCCAAUAAGAGGCCGCCUAAUGUCCCCGAAGACCAUACCCACCAAUGGCGCGUCUACGUCAAAGGCAUAAACGAUGAAGACAUCUCCUACUGGCUCAAGAAAGUCCAAUUCAAGCUCCACGAGACCUACGCGCAGUCCAUCCGAACCAUCGAAGGACCGCCAUUCGAAGUUACGGAGACGGGCUGGGGUGAAUUCGAAAUCCAAAUAAAACUUUACUUUAUCCCCGAGUCGAUGGAGAAGCCGCAGACGUUAUGGCACAGUUUGAAGCUGCAUCCCUACGGUCCAGAUGCCGAAGCUAAGAAAGCGAGACGAGAUACCAUCACCAGUCAGCAUUAUGAAGAGGUUGUGUUCAAUGAGCCGGUGGAGCAAUUUUAUAAUCUCCUCACGGGGGGAGCUCUGGCGCCCCAAGCUCAGCCCAAGGGAAAGGCUGGAAAAGGCGCAAAGCAACAACAGCCACAGGGCGGACGCACGGCGGAGAUCCCAUACUCUGACUCUCCCAAGAAUCCAUACAGUCAGAAGUCAGAGGCGAAGGAACUCGAUAAGCUCGGCGAAGCUACAAAAAUGGUUGAUAGGAUGCUGAAAGAGGAGCGAGCUAAACUUGCGGAACGAGAGGCACAUUUGGCGAAAUUAAAAGAAACUGAAAGCUUACCGGUCGUCCAGAAGAAAAGAUGA